UUCUCCAUAUUAAGCUACUAUUUCUUUCACAUAAUUGAUAUAUAUAUAUAUAUAUAUAUAUAUAUAUAUAUAUAUAUAUAUCAUAAAAAUUACCAUCAAAUCAGUUUUACUUAUUUAUUAUUUUAUUUUUAAUGAAAAUACACUUUUUAAAUAAUUUAAAAUAAAAUAAAAUUAUAUAUCAAUUUGUUGUUUCUAACAAUUUGAUUGAUUUAAUUAAUUUGUUUUGGUGGAUAACUUAAAACGUUUUCAUAUAAAUCGGAGAAAGCAAGCUUAUGUUGUUAUAUAUUUAUUUGUGUAAAUAGAAUCUAUAUAUAAUGCUAGUGUAAUAAAGAAAGAACAUUAUUUUUUGUAACUCCAAAAAGAUACAUUAUUACAAUUUGAAAUUAAUAAAAAUUGAAUAAAAUGGUAAUUAAAUAUUUGUAACUCUAAUUGUUUUUUAUCUUAUUUAGUUGGAUUCUCAUGAAAAGAACUCUAUGAUUUUUCAUAUUUGUCAAUGUUCUCAAACAUUCAAAGAAUAUAUUAGCUUAGUCACUUACUUUUUUUUUUUACAAAACAGAGUAUCGUAGUCUUGAAAGUUUAAUUCAUAUUAUUGUAAUUGUACAUAAGAGUUUGUGAUUACAUACUUAAUUAUUCUUGUAUAUGUGUUCAAGAAAGUCUCAAUUGCUUAGUGGUAACUGUCCUAUAUUUAUGUCAUACUAACCCGGGUUCGAUCCUUUCCUUCGCAUUGUUUAUUCAUUUUUUUCGAAAAAAUAAAUGAGAUGACGUGGCAACUUCGGGUUCUCUGAUUGGUUGAUUUUUCUAUCCUACGUGGAUAUCCUCUCUACUCCUCAUAUAACCCUUUUAAUAUAGUAUAGAUGAUCAUUUACCAAAAAAUGUUCUGUCUCUUUCUUUAGAGAGAGAUUUUUCUCUCUACCUCCUUCAUAUUUGCUCACACACUUCUAUCUUUCACAAAUAUGAAGAUGGAGAGAGAUUUUGUUUUUUGAUGUUUAUAUUUUGGAAAAUUGUUACGCAGCUACACAGACUAUGUAGCAUCACAUGGCCAACCAUCCAGAGUAAACAAAUGUAUUGAAACCUACACGAAGUAUAUGUCGCACAUAACGACAUGUGAUGAUUAGCAAAAAAUUAUGUGUUUAACAUCACAAACCCACUUAACCUCGUCGGAACCUGGUUAAUCUCUUCGGAACAGUAAAACCGAACCCGAUUUACCCGGUUUUUAAAAAAACCCGACCCACCCUUAAUUAACCAUAAACCCGACCCAGAUUUAACCUAAAUCUAGCCCAAUUCUGCAAUUUAGAAGCCCAUUAAAAUGAGAAAAGAAGAAAUCGAAUCAAGAACUCAACUUUCCCCGUUCUUCGAAUCGUGAGAGAGAGAGAACGAACAAGUUCAAAAGAAGUGGAUUUUGUGGCUAAAUUCGCAAGAGAAGAGUGAAUCGGUGAAGAAUCAAGUCGAGAUGAGUGUCUCGGUGAAAGUGAAAUGCUUUCACUCUGGUCGGUUUAAAGAUGAAGGUGGAUUGUGUUAUGUAGAUGGAACCGUCGACGAGUUCGAGUUGGAUGCGGAUUCUCUUUUCACGAACUUGGUAAUGAAGAUGUUUGAGAAAAGGAUAGUGAUUGGGAAGUUGUGGUUCAAGCUACCAUUCCAUGAGUUGGAAGAUAGGAAACCUUUAUUUGAAAAUGUCGAAGCCAAUAAGAAGAGAAUGGAAUCUUCAGCGCGUUGGUACAAGGAGCUCGACAUCUAUGUAGAGAGAGAUAGGGUUGUUCUAGCUGAAGAAGGUAGCACGAAUGUUGGAGUUCAAGAAAGGGUUAUGAACGUUGAACCAGAAGAAGAGGGUCUGCAUGAUAGAGCUGAAAAACAGUGUGAGAAGCUCUGUGAAAAGCUGGCUGAAAAGAAUUCUGAGACGGGUUUGAUGUUUGAUGAAGAUGAAGAUGAGGCGUUAGACACUUUGUAUGAUCCUCUUGCAGACGACUCGGAUGAUGAGAAGUGUUCAGAAGAUGCCUUGUCAGAAUCUUCAGAAUCGAAUGAUGAGGCGGAAGUUGUUGAAGAGGAUAUAGUAGACAUCGACAAUGUGAACUAUGAGGAACAGAUACCAGACGAAGAUGAGGUGUACCCUGCUACAGACGAUUCAUCUGGUGAUGAAGAAGAACAAGCUGAGAGAUUAGUGCAAAGGGGUUUACCGGAUGGAGUGUUCAGCUUGAGACAGCUCUUCAGCAGUGGGUCAGAAUUUAACAAGAAUGUCAUAAGAUACAUCCUGAAGACUGGGCGUAAUGUGGUAUUUGAUAGAUGGGAAAAGACUAAGCUUGGUGCAAAGUGUGGUGAAAAGAAUUGUGGAUGGAGGAUAUAUUGCUCUGUUGAAGAACCUAUCGGCAAAUGGAUGGUUAAGGUAUAUGAAGAUGAGCAUCAAUGUCAUCCUGUGGGGCGGUGCAAGCUUAUCAAGAGCCCUGUUGUUGCUGAUUUGUUUCUUGAAGAUAUAAGGCGAGAUCCAGAGAUGAGUGCACCGGAGAUCAAAGAUGAAAUGAAAAGGAGAUACAACAUUAUCAUCUCGCCUGCUCAGUCACAAGUUGCUAGAAGACUGAUUUUCGAUAAGUUGCAAGCUGAAACUGAUGAACAAUUUGCAAGACUUAGAGACUACGAGCAUGAAAUCAAGAGGACCAACAAAAACACUACUGUGGAGAUCAACACAACUCGUAGAGAAGAUGGAAGUGAAGCAUUUUCACAAAUGUACUUAUGCUUUGCGGCUCUAAAGACUUCAUGGAAGCAACACUGCAGACCAGUUAUUGGUUUGGACGGUACGUUUUUGAAGCACUCAAUGCAGGGAAUGAUAUUAACUGCUAUUGGAAGGGAUCCUAAUAACCAGAUAUACCCGAUAGCGUGGGCUGUAGUUUCUUCUGAAAAUAAUGAUAAUUGGGAGUGGUUUAUCCACAAAGUCAAGGUCGACUUGGACUUGGGUGAAGGCGAUGAGAUCACAAUAAUAUCUGAUAUGCACAGAAGUUUGAUCCACGGUGUUGCUACUGAGUUGCCAAAGGCAGAGCAUCGGGCUUGUGCAAGACAUAUCUACGCCAAUCUGAAGAAACUGCACAAGUCAGACACACUGAAGCCAAUGUUUUGGAGGGUCACAAGCAGCUACAAUGAAGCUGAUUUCAAGCAAAAUUUAGCUGCAUUUAGAGAGUUUGACCCCUUGGCAUGUGAUGAGCUCCUUAAGAGAGACCACCGGACUUGGUGUAGGGCGUUUUUUAGGAUUGGUUGCUGUUGUGCAGACACACACAACAACUUGACAGAGUCCUUUAAUAGGACUCUAAAGGUGGCACGGAAGAAACCUUUUGUCCAGAUGUUAGAGCUGAUAAGGAGAGAUGCAAUGCAAAGGAUUGCCAACCGCUUUGAACUAGCUCGUAAGGAACCUGCAAGGCAUACUAAGAAAGCAAGAAAGGAGGUUGAGAAGUCGUGUGAUGAAGCUCAACACUGUCGUUCUGUCUCUAGCACUGGUGGGAGGUAUGAGGUUGUUGAGGGAACUAAUGGAUACUCGGUGAAAUUGCACAAGAGGACAUGUGCGUGUAGAAAGUGGGAUCUAACUGGGAUUCCAUGUCGUCAUGCUGUGUGUGCGAUCAGGGAGAACACAGGCUUGGUUGAAGACUACAUAUCUGAUUACUACACGACCGAGAAAUGGAGAGAGACUUAUCGAAGAGAUUUGAAGCCGGUCAAUGGACCAAAAUUUUGGGUUGAGUGUGGAGGAGGACGCAUUGUUGGACCACCUUACAAACGUCCUCCAGGAAGACCUAAGGGAAAAGCUAGGAUCAAAGGAGUACAUGAGUCACCCUCAAAAAAGAGGGUUGGUCGCAAAGGAAGGGUACCACACUGUGGUAUUUGCAGUGAGAAAGGUCAUAACUCAAGGACAUGCCCCACUGAGUCUCCGGAGACCAGGGAAAAACGAAGACGGCUAAGUAAGCAAUGUGAAGAAGAUGCUGAAGAAGCAGCUGCAAGGAAUGGUCAAGAUGAAGCAAACGAUGAAGCUCAGGAAACAGCUGAAAUGGAAGCUGAUUUGGCAGCUCAAAUGGAAGAUCAAGUAGAAGUUGAGUUUAUUUCUUCUACUGCACCUCAGCCAAGCCAACCAAGCCAAGGAAACCAAGCACCACAACGAAACCUCAGAAGAAGCAGUCGCUUGGCAGCUUUGCUUUUCGGUUGAAGGGAGGUUUAUCCUUUUUUUGAAAAACAAUUUACAUGUGGUAACAUGUUCUCGGGUACCUUAUUAGGAUUGUUUUACAUGUUUUAACAUGUCCUCGGAAAGCUUCUUUUUUCAUGUUCUAUCAUGUUAACGAUGAUGUAAUGUUUAAACUUCAACUAUGUAUUCCAUUUUGAACUGGUUUAUCUACUUCUAGUUUAUGAUUAUAGUUUGUCAUUCUAAGCUUCUUA